UGUAGUCACCGGAAGUAAAACCUUCGACCUCAGUAGUCGUUCAUGAGGUUGGCGGGCUGCUGAAUCAGUCCAAUAAAUUGUUUAUUUAUUAUUUACACUUUUCUCAACUGUAAAGAACUGUUUUUUUUUAGGAAUAAGUCACGACUAAGCGGAUUCUCUCCACUCGGCCUCGCCAUGCCGUCCACCGCCGGACCCAGCAGCCCCUCAGCUGCUCUUGCCGAGGCGCUGGAAAGUUCUGCCCGGCUCAUCGACAGACACUUGCAGGAUGAUCGGUGCUUCCCUGACCUGUCAGAGCUGCUCAGCGUCCCCUCACACAACAUACCAUCCCUCUCUGGAGUGUCAGACAUGGACUAUCCCCUCCAGGGACCGGGUAUGCUCAGCGUGCCCAACCUCCCAGAGCUCAGUGCAGUGCGUCGAGUCCCGCUACCUCCAGAGCUGGUGGAGCAAUUCAGCCAUAUGCAGUUCAACUGCAUGAUGGGAGUCUUUCCUGAGAUUUCACGAGCGUGGCUCACGAUUGACAAUGACAUUUUCAUGUGGAAUUAUGAAGACGGAGGAGACGUAGCCUAUUUCGAUGGGCUGAUUGAAACCAUUUUGGCUGUUGGUCUAGUCAAACCAAAACAAGGGAUUUUACAGCCUCAUAUCCACUACCUGCUUGUAUUGGCCACAUCUGUGGAUGUCGUCAUCCUGGGGCUAAGCUUCCCUAAGGGACAAGCUGGAUUGAACGACAGCAUGUCAGGCGGCAUGCAGCUGCUCCCCGACCCCCUCUUCUCCAUCCCCACCGACAACACCUACAUCUUGUCCGUCACCUCCACCAACCUGGGCCGCAUCUUCAUGGCAGGGAAAGACGGCUGCCUGUACGAGAUCGCCUACCAGGCCGAGGCGGGCUGGCUUAGUCAACGCUGCCGGAAAAUCAACCACUCAAAGAGCUCGCUAUCUUUCCUCAUCCCUUCUGUGCUCCAGUUCUCCUUCUCAGAGGACGAUCCAAUUGUGCAGAUUGCUGUAGACAACUCCCGCAACACACUUUUUACACGCUCUGAGAAAGGGGUGUUGCAGGUGUAUGACCUGGGUGCUGAUGGACAGUGUAUGAGUCGCGUGGCCACCAUGUCCCAAAACAACAUUGUUGCCGCAGCUGGAUACAUCGCCAGGACGAUUGAUCGCUCGGUCUUCAAGCCUAUUGUCCAGAUCUCCGUGAUCAGCAAAUCCGAGUCCUCAGACUGCCACCUGCUGGCUGUGACACACGCAGGUGUGCGUCUCUACUUCAGCACGACACAUUUCGCACCACCACAUCAAAAGCACACACCAGUUCGACCGUCCCUGCUGGCUUUGGUUCACGUCCGCCUCCCACCGGGGUUCUCUGCGUCCUCCACCUUGCAGAAACCGAACAAGGUCCACAAAGCUCUGCACAGUAAAGGUAUUUUGUUGAUGGCGGCUUCUGAAACCGAGGACAACGACCUUUUGUGGUGCAUCAACCAUGAUUCUUUCCCCUUCAAAAAACCAUUGAUGGAGACUCAGAUGAUGUCUAAUAUAGACGGACACACAUGGGCUAUCUGUGCAAUCGACGAGGCAAGACAACCCAAGAGUUGGACCCCACUGAACAAGGAUCUGAUCCCCGUCACUGAUUCACCCGUCGUGGUGCAGCAGCACAACAUUCCACCGCAGAAAUUUGUCCUCCUUUCUGCAAAGGGGAGUCACAUCUUCCAAAAGCUGCGCCCGGUGGAUCAGCUCCGUCACCUGCUGGUGAGCUGCGCUGGAGGCGAGAGCGAGGAGAUUGAGCGCUUCUUCAAGCUGCACAGGGAGGAGCAGGCCUGCGCCACAGCUUUGAUUCUGGCUUGUUCCAACGCCGCUUGCGACAGAGAGGUCUCACAGUGGGCUACCAGAGCCUUCUUCAGAUAUGGAGGAGAAGCACAGAUGAGAUUUCAAUCAGCGAUGUCACCACCUAGCACUGUCGGACCCAUGAUGAGCUCUCCAGCACCUGGCAAGUCUUGUUUAAAUGUGCGUUGUCAGAAUUCUUUCCAUAGUUUUUUCUGAUUCUGCAUUAUCCUACCAGGCAUUUUCCCCCCACCGCUGGCCACACCUUUUGCACCAAUGCAUCUUGGGGCAGCCCCCAUCACUCCCAUGUCUGUUGGUCCAGAGGUGAUUUUCUCCGGGAAGCAAAAUGGCAUCUGCGUCUACUUUUCCCGCGUUCUAGGCAACAUUUGGGAUGGGAGUCUUGCUGUGGAGAAGACGAUGAGCAAAGGAAGUCAGACUGUCAGUAUUUUGGAAAGCAGCGUUCCUUCGUUUCACCUGGAGUCGGUCCUCAUGGAGCUCUACGGUCUGAAGGACUUUCUGGACAAAAAUUCUCAGUUCAGUCCAUCCUCUCUUGGUGUUGCAAGCUUCAGUUCCCCAGGCAACCUGCAGCAAAGGCUGCUGGGGUUCAUGCGGCCAGAUGGUGCCAACUCUCAGCAGGAUCUCCAGAGGAAGUAUCACACCACAGCUCAGGUUUAUGAAAAAGUGUCCCUGCAGAGCAUCCAGCAGUUGGUGCAUCGCACCUACCAAACUUUGGCUCUUUGGAAGCUACUAUGCGAUCACCAGUUUACCCUCAUAAUGGCAGAACUCCCAAAGGAGUUUCAAGAGCAGAUGAUGGGAGCCAGUUUCAAGGACGUGGUGAUCCGGGGAAAGGAGCUGUCUGGGGCGCUCAUCACAGCGCUCAUUAACGUCUACAUCAAAGAUAACGCCUCGGUGGAUGCUAUCAGCAAUCACCUGCGGGACAUCUGCCCGCUGCUGUACAGCACUGACGACAGCGUCUGCUCCAAGGCGAAUGAGUUGCUGCAAGGCUCCAAGCAGAUCCAGAAUAGAAUAGAUAAGGAGAGAACACUAAGAGAGUCACUACGUCUCUACCAGCAGAUCAGCCAACACACUGACCUGCCACUGGUUUGCUCCCAGUAUAGACAAGUGCGUUUCUACGAGGGAGUCCUGGAGCUGUGCCUAACAGCCGCCGACAAGAAGGACCCACAGAGGCUGGGCCCCCACUUUUACAAGAACGGAGAGCCUGAAGAGGACCACACAGGACAGCAGGCCUUCCAGGAAAGACUUUCCUGUUAUAAGUGCAUCACAGACACCAUGCAGGAGCUGGUGAACCAAAGCAAAGCCGCCCCUCAGUCGCCCAGCGUCCCAAAGCAGCCAGGCCCUCCUGUCAUGACUUCUGACCCCAAUAUGCUGAGUAACGAAGAAGCCACAGCCCAUUUUGAGCAGAUCCUCGGUUUGGCCCAGAGGUCCCAAGACGAGCUGUUUCACAUCGCUCUGUACAACUGGCUCAUCCAGGCCGAUCUGGCGGACAAGCUUUUAGAGGUGAACUCGCCAUACCUGGAAGAACACCUCAUGCACAUGAUCAAACAGGACCAGAGCAAAGUACACAACAUGGACCUCCUGUGGCGCUACUACGAGAAGAACCGCAACUUCGGCAAGGCCGCUCAUGUCCUGGCCCGCCUCGCUGACAUGCACAGCACAGAGAUCUCUCUUAAGCAGCGUCUGGAGUACUUGGCUCGAGCCAUCCUGUCUGCAAAGAGUUCCUCUUGCAUCUCUGCACUGGCGGCAGACGGCGAGUUCCUCCACGAACUGGAGGAAAAGAUGGAGCUGGUUCGUAUCCAAGUACAGAUUCAAGAGACCUUGAUCCGACAGUACUCCAAUCAUCCUUCAGUGAAAACCGCCAUCUCUCAGUUGGAUUCGGAUCUCAUGGACAUCACCAAGCUCUACGGGGAAUACGCCGACCAUUUCAAACUGUCCGAGUGCAAGCUGGCCAUCAUUCACUGCGCGGGACACUCCGAUCCAAUCCUCGUGCACUCGCUCUGGCAGGAAAUCAUAGAGAAAGAACUGGCAGACACGGUGGCCAUGAGUCCAGUCGACAGGAUGAGAUCCGUCAGUUUGAAGCUGGUGUCGCUGGGGAGGAUUUACGCGGGCACACCAAGAUAUUUUCCACUGGAAUUCCUGGUGAAGUAUCUGGAGCAGGAGGUGUGCCGCCUCAACUGGGACGUGGGCUUCGUUACCUCCACAAUGCAGGAGAUUGGGAUGCAGUUGCCACGUCUUCUGGAGGUCUACGACCAGCUUUUCAAAACACGGGACCCCUACUGGCAGCGUUAAAAACCUCUGCACCUGGUGGAGUGUAUCCACGUGCUUCUGUCCGGAUAUGUCAAUGACCCCAGCAGAGUGCAAACAUAUGACAGACGUCGCUUCACCAACGUCUGCCUGGACAACAUCUGCGGAUACCUGGUGGAGUUGCAGUCUCUCAGCCCCAACGCUGCCCUUCAGCAGACCAUCGGCAACUUCAAGUCUCUGCAAGCCAAACUGGAGAAACUUCACUGAUGGCACCCAAUCAUCACGAGGACCUCCAACCUCUGUUGCCUUAACUGUCGGUGGUAAAUCUGUCAUGAAGAAUAUACAGGCUGAGUUCCCUGGAGUCACGGUAGGGUGAGUUUUCAGGGUUCAGAGUCGUGGUACAUAUGCAUUAUCUGUCAGAGUCAACAUUAUGUCUUCAAUGAACUUUGCUUGUUUGGUUUUCAAUCUGCAGUAAAGAGCCCCAGUGUGGCUUGCUGUGUGAUCUUAGUGCCAGGAUAUUGCCAUCAGUACAGACGAGGCAGGUUUUAUAACUUAUUUAAUGCUGCGUUAUGUCCUCAAAUACAACUUGGAGUGUAAAUAGCCUCGCCAGACUCAUUUAAACGACAAAUACGACUUUUUGUACUGACAGUGUACAUAAAAAUCCCUUGGCAACAGUGUUUGUUUGUUGCAAACCAAACUGGUUUGUUCCAUUUUUUUGUACAUAAAAUGUGGUCGCUCCUUCAUUUGUUGAAACAAUAAUCCCCCCUUUUUUGAUAUUUGAUAUUUUUUUAACAUGCUGCUGCUCUUCACAAGGCCCGACUGUCAUAUUUGCUUUUGUAGGAACCCCUUUUAAAUGAAAAAAAAAGCCUCACUUUUUGUCCUGCCCAACCGUGUGGGAGAGAACAGCCUUAAAAUGGCUGCAUUGUUCAUAAUGCGACUCUGCAGAGGGACUGUAAUUGGGUUUAAUUGAAAUGACACUCCGGUUUCCUAUGCAGUCAUCACAACAGAGCAGUUCAUUGUUUUUCCUAAUUAGCCGUUCGCUCGGGUAUGCUCGCAAUCAUGAUGUGAUUUUAGCCUCAUGGAAAUAAAGCAGUUUGGACUUGU